AUGUUCAUAAAGACAAACAUCUCAUCUGGCAUUCGGGGUUCGAUCGAGCAGUACGACAAUGUCUGUAUGCUGCUGAAGGCUAUUGAUGAACAAUUUGAGUCUUCAGAUAAGGCAUUGGCGAGCACCCUGAUUAUGAAGUUUUCCACUUUGAGGCUCACCAGUACCAAAGGAGUGCGUGAUCACAUCAUGCAAAUGAGGGAUUUAGCGGCUCAACUCAAAACACUUGAGGUUACCAUGUCUGACUCUUUCCUUGUGCAUUACAUUUUGAACUCUUUGCCGCAGCAAUACGGACCCUUCAAGAUCUCUUACAACACACAUAAGGAUAAAUGGUCGAUCAACGAACUGUUGAACAUGUGUGUUCAAGAGGAAGGGAGGUUGCUUAUGGAAGGUGGAGAGAGUGUGCAUUUGGCAACUCAAGGAAAAGUGAAAUACCAAGCCAAAAAGAAAGGGAAGGAAAAGUUGACUUCUCAAGGAAACAUCAAGAAGGAAUCCAAGUGUUUCUUCUGUAAGAAGAAGGGACACAUGAAGAAGGAUUGCCAGAGAUUCCAAGAGUGGCUUGUUAAGAAAGGGUUUGCAAAACCUAAGGAAGCCAGUGGGAAGUGAGCAAUGCAUCUAUUCGGGAAACAAGAUGCGCUCACAUGUGGAGGCUGUUGGAACAUGUUAUCUAGUUUUAAGUAAUGGUUAUGUACUUAUGUUGGAAAAGACCUUUUAUGUUCCUGGUUUUUCUAGGAAUUUAAUUUCCGUUUCAAGACUUGUACCUUUUGGUUAUUCCUUCAACUUUUCAGACUAUGGUUUCGAUCUUAU